AUGGAGCGUUUUAUAAGGUUAGGCGGCUUGCCCGGACUUGGUGGUUCACAGUACGGUGGUGGAACUCCUACAGAUUCUAAUCAAGUUGAUACUUCUGAGACCGUAUAUAUCUCGUCAUUAGCUCUUCUAAAGAUGUUAAAGCAUGGAAGAGCUGGGGUUCCCAUGGAAGUUAUGGGUCUCAUGCUUGGAGAAUUUGUUGAUGAAUAUACAGUAAACGUCAUUGAUGUUUUCGCAAUGCCGCAGUCCGGAACAGGUGUUUCUGUAGAAGCUGUGGACCCAGUCUUUCAAGCGAAAAUGCUUGAUAUGCUAAAACAGACGGGCCGACCAGAAAUGGUUGUUGGUUGGUACCAUUCGCAUCCAGGCUUUGGUUGCUGGUUAUCUGGAGUUGAUAUCAAUACUCAGCAGAGUUUUGAAGCUUUAUCAGAUCGUGCUGUUGCAGUGGUCGUUGAUCCUAUACAGUCUGUUAAGGGGAAGGCAUGGAUCAUUAUUAUUGCCAUUACUAUUAUUAUUUUUACCAUUAUUAUUAUAACAUCGUUUUAUAUCAUCUUGUCUUUUUUUCCUUCAUCUAUUUCAUUUUUCUUUAAGUCACUGGUUGUGAUAGAUGCUUUCCGCACUAUUAAUCCACAAACGAUUGCACUAAACCAAGAACCGCGCCAAACAACAUCAAAUCUUGGACAUUUGCAAAAACCAUCUAUUCAGGCCCUAAUUCACGGUCUUAACCGGCAUUAUUACUCUAUACCUAUCAAUUAUCGUACUCAUGAGCUUGAACAGAAGAUGCUGCUGAACCUGAAUAAGCAGACUUGGAUGGACUCACUUGGUUUGGAAAGGUUUUCGAAUCAUUGCGACCGUAAUCAGGAGUGUAUGGAGAAUAUGUUGAAGCUUGCUAAGUUAUAUAAAAAAGACCUUGAGGAGCAAGAAAAGAUGACCGACGAGCAGUUGGCAAUAAAAAACGUUGGCAAGCAGGACCCAAAAAGACAUCUUGGUGAAACCGUAAACAAUCUUCUAGCAGAUAAUAUUGUGCAAAAUCUUGCUGCUAUGAUUGAUGCAACAUCAUUUCAGUGA